AGUAGAAGAUUGACAGCAACUUCAGUUGGUUCAUUUGGAGGAAAACUUUAGUAACAGGCAGUUUUUUUUCGUUGUCGUUGUUUACACGCAGGAUAACAACACACUUCAAGACAGCUGGCCGUCAAAGGUGUAUUAAUUAAUACAAGGUUAACGUCGGACCGGCGACACAUUCUCCUUAAACCCGCCGGAGGACUCGCGGCGAUGCCGGACGUUGAACCGCUCAGAUUCCCGUCCAGGGAAGGACGACCGAGUCAGCCAGAUCAAGCAGAUCUUCAAGCCGUCUGCUCUGGUAGACGUCGCACGUGCGCUCUGCUCAACAGUCCCUCGCCUUGUGUCAACAAUGCUACUCACCAUAUCCAAGAGCUGAAGAUGGCAGUGGAAAAUUGGUGUCAACAGUCUGGAAAAUAUCCGCCGCAGAUCAAUCAGGACAAGCAUCAAUACAGCAACACUUUAAGAUUUCAGUCCAGAGACUCAGACACUGAAUCAGCGACUUCUGCGGAAUUGUUCGUCGAAGGCGUCGCAAUAAGUGCGCCAGAAAGUUGUCCUUUAUCGCCACUGUUGAAGAAAAUAAACGAUGUCCUCGGAGAGGUUGUGUGUCUGAUCGAGUGGCUGGAGGCUGAUCGUCAGUAUGCCGAGGAAGCUCUCCACAAAGAGAAGAGAAGGAAGCGUUUUUUGGAGAACCAAGGCGACAGUCUUUCACUAUGGAAGCAACAAGAGCGCUCUAUUUUGGUCCAAAAAGAGCACGAGGCGUGCAUUAAAGAAAUCACGGAACUCAAGUGGCAGCUCAAACUAGACAGAGAGAAACUUGACCAGGCUCAGGAGAAACUCUCAUACACGGAGGCGUGGAACUGGAGCCUACACGAGGACAUCGACUUCGCCAAAAAACAAAUUCCCAUUGUGAAAGCAAACCUGGACCUACAGAGAGGAAUCAUAAAUCAGAUCAACGCGGCACAAGCCGAGACUGAUGGAGUAUACUCAAACACACAAACCGAUUUCCUACUGCUCGACAAGGAGAAAAAAAAGAUGGAGCUGGACAGCAACAAUGAAAAGAUCUCCAUGGAUUCUGUUCUGUCGGUGACUCAGAAUCAGCUGGAGAGCAAACUGGGCGAGUUGAACCAGUUGAGGAUGCUUGAGGAAGCGAUGUGGUCAGAAAUACAGGAUGCUGAAAAGACGAUCGCACUCACGAGAGGAAAGUGUGCGGUCACAACACGACAUGUCCCGGAGUUGACGGAGCUCGAGAAAACUGAAAAUGAAUGGAUUCUGCAAUCGAAACUUCAAAUUGAGGAUGAAGUGCGAAGGAAUACGAUAUCAAACGAGAGACUAAUUGCACUGCAAGAAAACAUUGAGAAAACUAGGCUUCACGGGGAAGCGGAGGUUUCCUGCAUAGAACAGCAGCUCCUUUCAACACGUAACGCUUUUGCAGCUCUUGCUAAAGAAAAGAUGGAGUAUGAACAGAAAGUGGAAGACUACAAGAUGAACAUAUCUGAGAGCGAGAAUUCAGUGAAGCAGAUGCAUGAGGAGAGGAAGCAUAUGCUCCAGAAAAUCAUUGACAAUGCCGAGCAGUGGGAAAAGGCCAAGGAGGAAGUGACCCAGGUUGUUACUCAGCACAGUGCCGCCCAGACUAAACUGGAAGAGCAGCAGCAGCUCACCUUCAUGGAAGAACAGAGAGUCAGGAUGGAGAUUGAAACCUUGAGGAAACAUCUGACAGGUCAGAUGUCUGCCCUGGAACUGCUGAAGGGUCAGUGUGGAAAUAUAAAUGAAGAGCUGUACCGACAGCAAAGGAGCUCAGAGAUGUCCAACAAAAAACUUGAGAAAGAAUUUGAAGAGGCAUCCAUAGCAACAAAAGAACUGGAGACAAACGUUUUGAAAAUCAAGAAAUUGACCGAACAUUUUGAAAAGAUUCAGCAUGAUCACGGGAUGAAAUUAGUCCAGUUUGAGGAGGAGAAAAAACUCCAACGUGACCACCUGGAAGCGGCUCAGGAUUCACACGCCGCCGCCGUCGAGCGAUACGAGAACACCCGGGGAAGGAUCGGUGACCUCACAACGAAGAGCGGAGACUACCGGGAUGCUUCGGAUAAAAUGGAAGAAAUGGUCGAGUGCAUGCCGGAAGCCAUCGCAGAACUUGAAAGUGUUUUUGAUGCAAUGGAAUUCCAAAACAAGUCAGCUGCUCUCGUAAUGAGCACCUUGCAGUCUGAUAUUAAUAACUGCCAACAACGAGCACAGCGAUCCAUGCAGACACACACUGCUCAUGUUGCAGCAAGAAAGAAGGAAAUGGAAGACACCAAGGUCGCACUGACGAUCGCACUGAAGGAGAACGAGUGGCUGGCGAGCGAGUACGAAAGUCUGCAGAAGAUCCUCAUGGAGGCCAAACAAGAGGCCGUGUGUGCACUGAGCGAGAAGAACCACGCACAUGAAUCCUUUCAUGACUACACACAGCUCUCUUUGUUGCAGAAGAGGAUGCACAAAGCUUUGGUGAAAUACUUCAAACGACGCAGCCUCUACAGCCGGGCUGAACUGGACCGGUGCCAGGCUCUUUCUCAGGAGACCGACCGGAAAAUACAAACUGCCCAGGAGGGGUUGUCAGCAGAAAUUCAGCUCAUCUCCGCGUUCCUGCACCCGUUGACGGAUGACUCCACCUCCACCGACGACGCCGGGGCGAACCAACACGCCGGUCCGGGAUCGAAUGAGUAGAUGCCUUCAGUUCAAAUAGCAGUGUAAUUGGACAUUCACCUGUACCAGACAACUUACUUACUUACCCUAGCACGCUUCACUAUCCCCCCCCCCCUCCCCCAAUCACCGCACCCCCCCGCACCCCUCUUUACUUGCAGCGAAUCCAUAACAAUGAAACAGGUGACUUUCAUGCUGCUGUCAGGACUGAUCUAAUUUUAGCUGGGUGAAUGAUUGCAAUUGGCUUUGCCUCAUCAGAUAAUUAAUCUAUGUCACCAUUAAUUGGAAAAGAGAAUAAUUACAGGCAGUGUUGACAGAAAUUCUACGCUUCUCCAGAUUCCGGGGAUCUAAUUACAACUAGUGAAACCCUGUGACCUUAACUAGCACUUAGUACACCUCGGCCACCUUGACCGCGUCCAUGUGAAGACCACCCUCUUCUUUGAAAGACCCUGUUUUUGUUAGCGCCUCCCUUCGCACUCCCCCCCUCCCCUCCCCACACUCUCCAAGAGCUGUCUCCCUCAAUCACUUUUCAAUAUUCAAUCUUAAUUUUGUGGAAGUUUAGCAUUUUCAAUGAGCUGGAGAUGAAUGAUUAAUGAAUAAAUUUGAAUGCUUCA